UCACAAUGCUGACGCAGGGAAACAAGCAGGAAGUUUAGCACAUGUGUGUUUGAGCUGUGUUUCGCUGGAUUUUCGAGCUGUACAUUUGAUUUUCUGUAAGAGGUUUCUCAACCUACUCCAUGUUCUACCCAUUGAAGAUUGAAUUGCCACUUGCAUCGAUAUUUUAUCUACAUUAUCAAGCUGGAGACGAAUUGAGAAGCUCACAAUGUCCCAAGCUACUAAACGCAAACACGUUGUUAAGGAGGCGCUCGGGGAUUACGUCACACCCACAGAGAACCAGCAGAUCGUGAGGGUUGUCAGUAGCCCCGGCAACAACCUGCACGAGGCUGCUACAUCGGAGGGAGAGAGGUUUCUCGUGAGCAUGCCCACAAAGUUCCGCAAAAACCUCUGGAUCAAGCGAGGUGAUUUUGUGAUAGUGGACCCGAUAGAGGAGGGGGAUAAGGUGAAGGGAGAGAUCAGCUUCAUUCUCUACAGAGACAACAUCCAUCACCUGAAGAAGCUUGGGCUGUGGCCAAAGGGGUUUCAGGACAACCCCACUUCAGAGGAGCGAAAGAAUGGAGAGCCACGGAAAGAUGGAGGAGAGGAAAAAGAGGGAGAGUGCAGUGAGAACAGUGAGUCCGAGGAGGACGACGACAGCGAUCUCUUCGUCAACACCAACCACCGCACAAACUAUCACUACUCUGAGAGCGAGGACGAAUCUGAGGAUGAAGAUGAAGAAAAGGAAGAGGAGGAGGAGGGUGGCAAGAACAGUGUGUAGUGUGUGCAGUAUGUGUGUGAUGGUGGCGCGCACACACACACACACACACACACACACCCACACCAGAUUGUGUGCUUGAACAUAACCUCUCCUCAAAACACCAAACUGUAUUUCUUCAUGCGUCAGUCUGUCUUGGGCUACAGUCACUUAAUACACAGACUCCACCUUUCACUGGACCGGACCUGAAACUGUACACAGACCUCUCACACUGUCCAGAACAAUGAACUAAACUAACCAACCACAGGAGCAUUCAAUGUUCAGUGAAGUGCAUCUGUGCUGAAAAAAAGUCCUCGGAUGAAGGCAGAACUACAGCAGGAGAUGGGCAUGGUCUCACUAGACUAGACUAUCUGUUGAACGACCAGAUGCUGGCGCUCUCUCACCCUCUUCAGAUUCAGAUUUAAUCACACCGGUAAUCAAUCACUGCCUGGUGGUUGUGCUUUCUAAAUGGAACUUUUAUCUGUCUGUCAUCAAUUGUUAUACAGUACAGGUAUUGCAGGGUUUUUGGCAUUCUUGAAUAACCUGGCAUGGACCAAGUUUUGCCAGGUGGUCAAAUCAGUUCCACAGAUACACAAGUCAAUUCUUCUGGUUUCAGCACAGGGUUAAAUAUUAUUAGACAGUGAUCUCACUAGCCAGAUAUGUUCUGUAUAACUGACGCCACCAAUUUGUCAAGGAAAAUAGUUCUUGAUAUUAGGAUCUAGGCUGAAUAAGCCAAAGACAUUUAGUUCAGAGACUGAUUUCAGCUCACAAACAACAAGAGCAUAAGUGUCAUGUUAUCUUGGUAAUCUAUGUCAGAGAUGGUUAAUCAAUUCUAAUAUAACAUCUUGAUCUAAAAGAAGGGCUGUAAUAUAAUUCCUGUAAAUAUGAUGAUGUGUAAUAAAAUGUGUGUGGUAUUGCCAGGAGA